UUUGUUUUUCAAUCCGAUACCAACACCAUCUCGAGUGUAAGCGCGUCUGUCUAGAAAUUGUUAAAUCACCCCAUGAAUUUAUGAAUGUUUUUUAAUAUUUGGAAACAUCAUUCCCUGUUUGUGUGUAUGGAAACGUACAGGAGUAGCUGGAACCUUUUGAACAUUCAGGUUUUUGGCGAAAAAACAUGGAAGGUAGUUCUGACUCUUCAAAAAUUGCUGAGCAAAAACACUUAUGGAUGACAAGCAUAAAAUGCAUGAAGGAACGUUUGAGAUUGCGAUGUGAAGACGCAUCUUCGGGGGGAAUUCGAGAGAUGAAAUUAUACCACGGGUUGAAAUUGAUCUCCUCAGCACCGAUUAUGGGAAAUUUCUUGCAUAUAUGCUACUGCCAUGACAGCAAAGAGUAUCUUCUGCUGGACACGGCAUUUGUGAUCCACAGAUUCUCCAUUCAGGGUAAACCAGUGCAGCCCCCCUUCAAUCUAAGUUCCACUAUGGCGUUUACAAAAUUUCUGUGGUUUCAAGAAUCAAAGGUUUUCGUCGGCUUUAUCCCUCACGACGAUUUAAUCUGGUUAUUGGAACCUACGUGUAAACUGAUACAAAUCGUGAGGAAUGAAUUUAGGGUUGAAAAUGUUUUCUAUAUACCCUACACUAAUGAAAUGCUUGUCAUCGGGUCCACAAAAGUGACGAGAUUCCCUCUGGAUCACAAAGAACAGACCCUCAAUUCCUGGAAAACAGUGAAUAUAUCAGAUAGCUCAUUUGGUCCCACCUGGGUACUAGAAUACUCUUAUUUGAUCCAACACGACCCACUCCUCUUGAGACUGGCCGGAUCUUACCUGACAACACUUUACGUCAUUCCCCUGGCUGCUGAUAAAGACCAGGAUAACAGCGUUCCCGUUAAAUUUCUAGCAAGAAAAGUUAACGCAAUGGAAACCGCGAUUACUGUUCUGUAUUUUCAUUCAACAAGCCGAUGGAUAAUCACCGGUGACCAGCGAGGAAGCGUUAGUGCAUGGAAUUUAGAUUUGGAAUGCAUGAUCGACUGUCCCAGUGGUCAUCGAGGCCCUGUGAAAAUCAUUAUGGGGCAUCCAUCUAUAUGUGGGUUUAUAUCUUGUGGAGAAGAUGAUAUAGUUCAAGUCUGGAGCUGUAAUCUCAGACAAAAGAUCGAGGUAUUCAGUGAGCUUGGGGAAGUCUCUCACAUGGCAGUGAAUGAAUCUGCUUCAUCAGUAGCGACAGUGGGCACUAAACUAAGUUGUUUCCAGAUGCAUCAGAUUUAUACCUUCUACUCACCAUUGACAGCUCACCCGACGAAAUUAUUUGCGACGACCAGUCCCAUUGACACUACCCGGGUCAUUGUCUGCAGUGCUGAUAACAUUGUCAGAAUGUUGUCAUCCACGUCAGGGAAACAGCUCAAUAUUCACAUCCUUCCAACUUAUUCUACAAUUAUGACAGUAGCACAUAGUGACAUCACAGGUCGCAUGUACAUCCUGGGUACUAAUGGGAUUCUGGUAGUGAACACGAAAAUCAAUCCUAUGAAGAUCGAAGACGAGUGGGACAGUGGAGAGCAAAUGAUCACCUGUCUCGUGGUCUACGAUCAUUACGAAGCCAUUCGUGCAUCCCAUAGUGAAGCAGAAGACUCAAAAUUCGUCAACCCCAUUUGUACACGAAUACUUAUUGGAACUGCAAAAGGGGAAUUGAUAUCCAUUGAAGACACAAGCGGAAAGCACGAAAGUUCCAUCUCAGCCCAUAGUGCGGAAAUAACUGACCUGCAUUCUUCGAUAGUCUCUCGUCAAGUUAUCUCCAGCAGUGUGGACAAAUCUCUGAAAAUUUGGAGGAUUUUUUCCGAUACGUUGAAUCCCCUGGUGCUACUGCAUUGCAUUUAUUACACCACUCCAAUCACCUGCAUCGGAUCUCUCGGGUCCACCAUUUGUGUCGUCAGUAGCACCGAAUCUUCCCAAUGUCAUCAGUUAUUUAUGUACAAUGCAGUCGAGAGAAGACAAUUGGAACACCACCCGUCAAAAGAUCACAUAAAGCAAAUUGUGGCACUGGCCACAUCAGAAUCUCUUCAACUAUGUGCUACAUCAUCGAUGGAUGGUUCACUACGUAUAUGGGAUCAUCAAAAUGAUCUAGUCAAGAUACUAGAAAUAAAUAUUUGCACAUCACAUAUAACAUUUUCCUCACUCCUCGGGGAUAUUGUAUUCAACGCUGGAAAACACCUCUACCGGAUUCCUUACGAAAAUUAUUUAUCGCCGAAAUAUCGUUUGCAAAUUUUACGUGAUGGGAUAGAGAAAGUAGAAGAGAAAAAAAUGCAUGAUUCAGAAUCUAUAUCAAUCGAUACAUCCUUUUUAAUUGAUGAUAAACUGCUGCAUCCGGUCAGCAGCGUGCCUCUUGGUUCGCUGGAUCCAGAAACAGAUACUCCGGGUCUUGAGCUAAUUCUCAAGGAGCAGAUGUGCGUACAAUUGGAGUACAGAGAUGAAGAUAUUGUAGGAAUCAAAGAAAAUAUAUUACGGGCCCAGAAAAUAGUGAAAGUAAGAGCUGUGAUGGAUCGCGAUGACUGGGAAAGGCACAUUGCCGAAAUGAUCAGGCCCUCUUCGAGAAUUGAAAAUGGAAUUAAUUCACAUGAUAUCUGGAACUAUGUGAAAGAGUAUGAAAAAAUUAAGAAAGUGUUGAAUAAAUCGGAGCAGCCCCACAUGAUUGGAGAGUUUUCUGAUGAAUCGAAAUUACCAGCAGAUGUUUGCAAGCGCAGUCUGAACCUUGAUGGUUUCCUUCCAAAUUCCCUAGUCAUCAGAGUCGCUGAUACCGUAGAUUUAAAAGGGGAUGACUUACCGAGAACAGAUGACCAGUUACACAGACAGAGAAUUAAAUACACCUAUCCCUCAGAAAUAUACUUGACCGUGCGGUCAUCCGCGUCAAAAGGUUUCGGCGAUGAGAUUGAGACUGAUCAGUGAAUAUUCUAUAGAUUGUGAGGUAAAAUAUUUUAUUCAUGACACGAUCCAAUGAACUCAUGAUUACAAUCCAACGAUUCAGGUGGACUUCAUUCAUCUCUAUUCAAGUUAAAAAUUUUCAAUAAACGUUAAUAUACAUUGUAUCAAGUAUCUUUCGAUUUUAUAAAGAAAAAGCCAUUACGAAUUGCGGGACUCAGUAUUCUAUUACCAAUAUAUAUGUACUAAAAUAUAUAUUAUAAAAAAAGUGUUGUGAAGAGUUCAUCACCGCGAUCAUAUUUGUUCAUCGGCAAGUAAUAAGAUGAAACCUGAUUUGUUCUAUUCUAUCUUUUACUGUAAAAUUUAAAUACCCAUAAUUAGUCUUUCAUACGUGCUAUCACCGCUGAAAUACAAUACAAAAAUAAAAUUAUCAUCCAAGUAACCGAAGUAUAGCCCUGUUUAAAAUGUUGGGUAUUGAGACUUCGAGACAUAAAGGAACUUGGAGUUGUGCAUUGACUUUUUUAAAUUGUUGGGUGGAAAACUGAAUGCAAAAUAUUAGACACACA